AGUUAAUUAUGUAAAUUACAAAAAAGCGAUAUCUAAUUGCAAAUACAUUUGUUUAUGACUAUUCGAUAUUGAAAAAGAUGAAAGGCGGCACAUUUCGCAACACGCAAUGGGAUCCCACGUUGCUGACGUCGCAGAUAGUAUCCAUGCAAUUCUGCGUUUAUUUCACAUUGGGCCUGCUCGUAUUUGUGGCCAACAAAUUGGCAGGUGACAAUUAUUCAUUAGACCAUCUCUUUGAAUACCAUGAAAUUCACAUUUACGAUCUAGGCGGAAGGCUAGUGAUAUGCGCUUUUGUCCUGAAUGCGUUUGUGGCUUCGUUGGCUCUGUGGUGCAUUGUGCGGAGGGCCAAACUUUGUCUGGACUUUAGCUGCACCUUCCACGUACUACAUUUAUUGGUAUGCUGGUGGUAUAAUCGCUCAUUCCCGGCUAAUGCCUCGUGGUGGCUGCUCAACGUUAUAACCGCUACCAUAAUGUGCAUUGGCGGCGAAUUCCUGUGUCUCCAAACCGAAAUGAAAGAAAUCCCUGUGGGCUAUGCGGCUCUCAAUCAAAAAUCGGACGUCUGAUGGUGCUUAAAAAGCAAAUUCCGAGUCCCAUCAUAUUGUAAUGCCACUCAUUUCCCUAACAUCUAUCCUGUUUAUAAUUUAUUAAAUAGUUUAACCUAAAAUUACAUAGUAUAUGUGUAUAGAGUUGUAAUUGUAUAUUAGUGUAAGAUUUGAUAUAUAAAUGGCGGCUUAUUUUUCAAUUUUAA